CUCUCUCUCUCAUCAAAAUAAGCACAGAAUGGUUCCAUCUCCCGCUCCUCUGCGGACGAAGAAAACCAUGGCCGUGGGAGUUCCGGUGAUUGAUUUCAGCCAGGAAAGAUCCAAACUCACCGAACUAAUCUUGCGAGCUUGCCAAGACUUGGGAUUUUUUCAGGUCAAAAACCAUGGAAUAUCCGAAGAGAUCAUCUCAAGAGUCGACAGCGAGGUCCGGGAUUUCUUCGCAAAAACUGCAUGCGAGAAGCAACGGGCCGGGCCACCCUCGCCUUUCGGCUAUGGCUGUAAGAACAUCGGCUUCAACGGCGAUAAAGGAGAGCUCGAAUAUCUCCUGCUCGAGGCCAAUCCUCUGUCCAUUUCCCGCAGAUCCAAUACAAUCUCCUCCCGUCCUAACGCCUUCAGCGGCGCUGUGAAUGAUUACAUAGAAGCAGUGAAGAAGAUGUCAUCUGAAAUUCUAGAAAUGGUGGCUGAAGGUCUGUGGGCCCAGGAUAAAUCUAUUUUUAGUAAGCUUAUUGAAGAUGGAAGCAGCGAUUCUUGCUUCAGGAUCAAUCACUAUCCUUCGGUCGACCCGUUUGAUGACCCGUCUAAGAUUCGGAUCGGGUUUGGUGAGCAUUCGGACCCUCAGAUCCUCACCGUCUUGAGAUCCAACAACGUAGCCGGCCUCCAAAUCUUGUCUGGGGACGGCUUGUGGAUUCCCGUCCCACCCGAUUCAGACAAAUUAUGCGUUUUUGUAGGAGACGCCUUUCAGGCUUUAACCAACGGAAGAUUUACUAGUGUGAGACACAGAGCAGUGGCAAACUCGACGAAGCCAAGGAUGUCAAUGAUGUAUUUUGCGGCUCCACCCCUUAGCGCGAGUAUUUCUCCGAUACCAGAACUCGUGUCCAUCCAAAACCCGACUCUCUAUAGAGCAUUCACAUGGGGAGAGUUCAAAAGCACCGCAUAUUCUUUGAGAUUAGCGGAUAAUCGCCUCCAUCUCUUUACAAAAUAACGCUCAAUCACUAAGUAUUUUUAUUAAAUCUUGAAUUAUAUAUAGGGGGCAUGUUGCACAUGUACAUGUUCUAUACUACAAUUUUUUAUUUUCAUUGUAUUAUACUCCCUAUACAGGUUAGUUAUUAUAGGUAGCUAGGUUGAUGGCCAAAGGUUUGAUUCAAUUAGUGAGUGAGAAUUCAAGUGCUUGUCAUCCAAAAUAAAUAAACUUAA